UUUGAUUAGAAUAGAGUCUGCGCACUGCGGCGUUGCUACACGCCACCGCUAAUCCCUUACAUUUGAGUGUCAUGAACGGGUCUCCAAUACACGAUUUAAAGAUUUGAUCAAAGCUGCAUGUCUAUGUAAAUUUUCACAGAAUGGCCAAAGUCAUUGCCGUGUUUGGCGCCAAUAGCGCUCUAGGUGCUGCGGUUGCAAAGAGUCUAGCAAGAGACAGUAACUUUAUGGUGAAAGCCGUCGAUCCGGACGGUUCCGGUCCGUACUCUGCGGACAUCCGGGCUAGUGGCGCCCAAGUGGUACAGUGCAAUCUGGAAGAUGUGGGAAGUAUAUGUCAAGUGCUCUCUGGAUGUGAAUGUGCUUUUGUAACGACUGUGUCCAAUUUCAAUAAUCCAGAUUUUAUGGACGAGGAAAUUAGGCAAGGAAUGAACAUUGCAGACGCAUGCGCAAAUAGUAAAGUAUCACAUGUUGUGUUCAAUACCGGCCUUCACACAAUUAAAAUCAUUGGAAUAGCUGCCCGGCAUUUGGUAGCCAAAGCUGAAGUAGAAGCCUACAUGAAAGGGAAAGGUGUGCCUCUGACAUCACUCAUUGUACCCACCCCCUACGAAGAUCUCCUUGGCAUUCUUCGGCCACUUCCGGCCGGACAGAACAACAGGUGGCUGGCAAUCCCAAUGGGCAUCACGUCACUGGACAUGAUCAGUGUUGAUGACGUUGGAGACAUUGUUCGCGUCAUCUUCAACAACAGAACCGGGCACCUGCACAAAACACACAGUGUCUGUGGCGAUAAGCAGACCAUCAAAGAGAUGGCGCAGAUUCUGUCCAGACAUCUAUCCCCGCUCUACUUCCAAGACAAACAGGUGACGAUACACGACUACCAACAGCUGAACUGUCAGUUCCCGUGGUCCCAGGACUAUGCCAACAUGUUCGACUUCUAUCUCCGAGUGGACCAGAGAUUCAACGUGGACGCCACCCAGAGAAUCAGCCCCUCCGUGCGGAUCAGAUCUUUCGAGGAGUGGGUACAAGCAAACGCAGGGAGGCUCAAGAAGGCUUUCUCUUGAACUCAUGGUGAACAUUGUUUUAACACUGUAAUUCAAUGUACCUAUAUAUGCCUGAAAUUUUGAUUUUGUUCACAUUCACGAAACAAUUCAGCAAUAAUUAGAGAAUAGUCACGGUUCACUGAACGCAGAUUUUGAUUCGCAUUACGUUGUUUUACUCCGUCCAUGAAAUGUUAUACAUGUAUGUAUAUUUGUUUUGUAUUUAUGGAUGUUUGUUUUGUUAUUUCUAAUACCAGAAUGAAUCUUUUAUAAAUAGAG